AUGGAGGAGGCACCAGCCGGGCUCAUCGCACGCCCGCCCGUCCACUUUGCCGGCGGCGUUCACUCGACACGCCUCAACCGGUCGACGGACCAAUCGCGCAACGACACCGGCUCCGGCUGCGGUGCCGGUGUCGAGGCGGCGCAGGAGAGGAGAAAGAGAGAUCGAGAGAGGGAGGGAAAGGAGGAAAGAGAGAGAGAGAGAGCGUGGAGAACGGGCAAAUGUGGAUCAGACGGCGAGAUGGCGCGGCUUAUGCGUCCACAUGACAGACGCCAUGCACCAGAAAGGAACUCACGACCCCGUCGGGGGAGCAGGCGACGCGAAACGACGGCCCUUGGGGCGGGGGGUAGAGGCCGAGGUAGGGGGUGGGGUGGGGUGGGAGUGCGGCCGGCCACUACGUCUGCUUUACUCCCCCGAACCCAGCAGAAGACAAAGUUAACCGUCGACUGCCUUCGAGAGGACGGCCAGACGGCGUGCUCGUGA